UUGGGAAACCAAAGAGUGUGUGUAUGUGUGUGUGUGUUGUGUGUGUGUGUAUGGCAGGGGGUGGGAUGAGGUAGGAGCCUAUAAAUGUACUGUCACAAGAGCUAAACCAUUAAGCUGAAGGGAAAAAUCCUUGCCUGCAGCCUCCUGUUCACAAUCAGGGACAAAAUAAAAGAAUGCAGAACCACAGCUUUCUAGGUACCGGACCUCAGAUUUCAGUUUUCUGCCUCCAGAAAUUACUUGGAUUUUUCUUCUUUUUCUGGGUAUUGUCAGAGAAUGUUUCUGCAAACAGCAUUCAACCCAAGAAAAGCACAGAAAAUUGCCUAUAUCUCGGCAAGCAUUUUAAAAGAUUCAUGUUAGAAGGAGAGCCUGUCAUCCUGAACCCCCCCUUUCCGGAAUUCCGCAACAAGAUCUUCAGCCUCCACUACAACCUAUCAUGGCAUAAAAAUGAUUCUGACGAGACUUUACUAGGAACCAGCAAAUCAGGAAGAAUGUGGAUGGACAACGAUGAUCUUUGGAUUUUGCCAGCAUCAUUGGAGGACACAGGAACUUACAUUUGUACCCUUAGGAAUACAUCUUAUUGUGCCACAAGGUCUGUUGAGUUAAAGGUCGUUAAGAAGACAGAAGCAUCUCUGCAAUACAUUUCCUAUCGUCAAGUUCUAGUCACCUCAGGUCCUGGAUAUUUAGUGUGUCCUGAAAUAAAAAAUUUUAUACAAGACAGAAAUAAAACAGAAAUAAAAUGGUAUAAGGAUUCAGUUCUUUUGGAUCAGAGCAAUAAGAAGUUUUCAAUUUUGAAAGGAUCCAUUUACUGCCUUAUAAACAAUGUGUCGUUGGACGACUCUGGUUACUAUACCUGUGAGCUGCCUUUUGUCUAUAAAGGUGUGAAGUAUAACAUCACCAGACAUGUUAAGAUGCACAUCAUGAAAAAAAAGGAGGAGACCAUUCCUGUGAUUAUUACACCUAAUAAGACUGUACUGACUUCUCUUGGUUCAAAAUUGAUAAUUCCUUGCAAAGCAUUUUUUGGCUUGGGGUCACGAUCUACAACACUAUUAUGGUGGACAGCAAAUAACACUUUCGUGGAUGAUGUCUACAAAAAAGGCCGAGUUAAGGAGGGACAGCGCCUUGAAUAUUCAGAAAACAAUAAAAGUUAUAUUGAAUUGCCUCUGAUAUUUAAUUCAGUGGAAGAGAAGGAUUUGAACACUGAAUUUAUAUGUACUGCCAAGAACAGAUUGGGAACCCAGAGCUUGCAAGCAAGAGUUAAAGAAGAACCUACAUUUUCCUGGGGAAUUGCUGUGGCUCCUCUCUCACUCAUCUUCUUGAUGUUUAUUGGCAUAUGGAUACAUAGAAGGUGGAAACAAAGACCUGGGAAAGUAUACACUACUAGAAAAUCAACGAUUAUCGGUCAUGAUUGUCAACCCUCCACUCCUUACAGAAAGGAAAUGAUAUAAAACCAUAGGCAUAUUCAUUCUCUCUGUAUGUCUUUCUCUCUGUCUUUCUUUGUCUCUCUCUGUCUCUCUGUCUCUCUCUUUCUCUCUGUCUCUCUGUCUGUCUCUCUCUCUUGUCUCUCUUUCUAAUGGCAAAGAGUUCUCUUCUGAUAGAUUCUUGCCCCUGCCCUUUCCCUUCUCCUUCAUUUGUCCCAGAGUCACUUAAAGUGAAGUAUUGAAUCAGAAGGUAAAAUAAACAUAUGUUGCCUACCUACAUAGGAGUUCAUUUCCCUCUAUUGCUCUCAGCUAAAAUGAAUGGAAUGAGAGGUUUGCCUUUAUGGAUUUAAUACUUUGGUUCCUGAAUGGAUGUGCGAUCUUAUGCAUAUGUUUAGAUCAUUAAUCCCUUCACUAUUAUUUCUUCUGUUAUUCUUGUUCAUAUCCUGCCCCUUACCUUUCAUCUAGACUCUUAUCUAUCUUUUAUGUAUCUACUUAUUUAUUUAUUGUCUCCUCCAUUAGAAUGUGAGCUCCUUGAGGGUAAGGAAUAAUUUUUCUUUCUUUCCAUUCCUAGCACUUAAUAUGUAGAAAACACUUAAUGCAUAUUUUUUUUCAUUAACAUUAAGGAUUAUUUUCUAGAUUAGGAAUUCUUCACAUAGGCUCUGUGAAUAUGUGUGUAUUCAAGUGUUUUGAUAACUAUAUUUCAAUAUAAUAUUUCAUUUAUAAUCCUAUGCAUUUUAUUUUUUGCAUUUAAAAACAUUAUUUUGAAUAAAAUCUACACUGCAUUAAAAAAAAAAAAACUAAGAA